AUGGUGUUGUGCAAACAACUUACCUACACCCAGAGGUUUGCCGAUCGCGAGAAAGCUAAAGAAGAGGUAAUUGCCGAUAUGCACGAAAUCCAGUCUUUAAAAUAUUGCCAGUUAAACGCAAUACAUUUAAAUUAUUGUGGAACACACGAACCAUGUUUAAAUGGUGGAACAUGUGAAAACACCGCUCCAGAUGCCUAUCAUUGUACGUGCCCCGAAGGAUUUUCCGGUGUUAACUGUGAAGUAGUAGACAACCCUUGCGCACCAGCUCCUUGCCAAUACGGAGGCACUUGCAUCGUCGAUGGGGGUUCCUUUAAUUGCCAGUGUCCUCCAGGUUGGACGGGCCCCACCUGCAAUAUAAAUAUAGAUGAAUGCGCCUCGGCACCAUGUCAAAAUGGAGGCCGUUGUGUCGACCUCGAAGACAAAUUUGAAUGUGAUUGUCCUUCGGCUUGGGAAGGAAACUUGUGCGAAUUUGAUGCAGAUGAAUGCUUGACGAAACCGUGUAUUAACUCUAUAUCUUGUACGAAUUUGUUGGGUGAUUAUCAUUGUGAUUGUCGUGUUGGUUGGAAAGGAAAAAAAUGCGAUCAAAACAUAAACGACUGUACGGGCCAAUGCUUGCACGGAGCAACAUGCAUCGACCUGGUAAAUGACUUCCAUUGCGCCUGCCAACCAGGCUACACAGAUCAGUACUGUUCCACCGACAUAGAUGACUGCGCAAGCAAUCCUUGCAAGAACGGCGGAGAAUGUGUUGACAAAGUGAAUGGAUUUAAAUGUAUUUGUCCUGUUGGGUUUACUGGACAUGAAUGCGAGAUUGAUCACGAUCAUUGCACACCAGAUCCCUGCGAAAACACUGCGCCAUGUUUCAACACUCAAACCGAUUACUAUUGUCAUUGUCCUGAAAAGUGGCAAGGAAAGAAUUGCAGCAUUCCUCGUUUAUCUUGCGACAAUCCGCCGUGUAACGAAGAAAUGGGUUCCUGUAAAAUUGUUGCUACAGGAGGUGGAAGAUUAUCAACAACAAGUGUAUGCGGAGAACAUGGACAUUGCGUCAGUACAUCAGGACAUGGUUACAGAUGUUCAUGUGAACCUGGAUAUACAGGACAAUAUUGCCAUGAAAAUAUAAAUGAUUGUAAAAUAAACCCUUGCAAAAACGGGGGAACUUGCGUGGAUAAAGUAAACGCUUUCAAAUGUAUCUGCAAGGAAGGUUGGGAAGGUGCCUUAUGCAAUAUAGAUAUCGAUGAAUGUUAUCCAAAUCCAUGCCUCAACAACGGAAGCUGUACGGAUAAAGUGGCAGAUUACGAAUGUGAUUGUCGAAAUGGUUGGAAAGGGAAGACGUGCCAAUUAAAAGAUGGACACUGCGACCACACCACUUGUAAAAAUGGUGGAACUUGUAAAGAUUUAGGAAACACUUUUGUUUGUCAAUGUCCAUCUGGUUGGGAAGGAACUACUUGCCACAUCCCUACAAGAACCGCUUGCCGAUCGAAUCCUUGCUUAAACGGAGGAACAUGCGUAAAUAAAGGGGAUUAUUAUCAAUGUAUUUGUCGCGAUGGUUUCGAAGGAAAUCAUUGCCAAGAUGACGUUAACGAUUGUAUGCCACAACCUUGCUAUAACGGUGGAAAAUGUAUCGAUGGUGUUAACUGGUUUCUUUGCGAAUGCGCGAAAGGUUUCACCGGACCAGAUUGCCGAAUCAACGUCAAUGAAUGUGCUUCAAAUCCUUGUGCUUACGGAGGAACUUGCGUUGAUGGGAUUGGAGAUUUUCAAUGUAUUUGUCCUUCAGGGAAAAGUGGAAAAACUUGUAAUUUGGAUGAUGGCACUUACACCCCACUUCCUGGUAGUUGCACCUGGGAAAGUCACACCUUCGAAAAUAACUACACUUGGCAACACGAUUGUAAUAAAUGCGCAUGUCAAAACGGAAAAGUUAAGUGCACAAAGAUUUGGUGCGGCUUAGAAAACUGCCGAAACGCUCCCAACAACGUUUGCAACACCAAUCAAGUUUGUGUUCCACCAACAGUUGAAUCGUGCCUAACACCACCAUGUCAACCUUACGGGGAAUGUAGAGAUCUCGAAAGUGGUCGAAGCAUAAAACCACCUUCAGUUCCAAGUCCAAGUUCGUGUUGGCCGAAUCAAGCCGUUUUAAGCAAUUAUUGCGCGAGAGUUACUGUAUUAUUAGAUAGAGUAAAAUUACCUCUUGGAGUUUCCGUUGAAGGACUUUGUGGGGAAUUAAGGAAAGUUUUAGCUAGUUAUGAGUUAACUCAUGAUCUUCGACAUGAAUUGGUACUUUUAUGCGAUUUGAAAAUUGAGUACAACGAUUCUGUUGAAGUAACUUUGAGUGGAAAAGAUGGUGUUUUAGAAGGUAUCCGUUAUUUAGGCGAAGCAAUUUCUCGUAAACAAACCGCAGUUUUAGCUCUAACCUCAAUAAUGGAAGUAAAAGUUGAAACGGCUCUCGUUUCUGAAGAACCACCUAGUAAUAAAUACCUAAUUGCUUUAGUUUGCUUAAUCAUCAUUGGAUUAUGUGCGGGAUGCGUUGGAUUCUUACUCUACAUUCGUCAACGAAGAAGAAAUUUAGGAUUGAGCGGUGUUAAUUUAUCGCCAUCGAUGGAUUCUUGCCACCGUAAUCACGAAGAUGAGAAGAACAACUUACAAAACGAAGAAAAUCUAAGAAGAUACGCGAAUCCGCUGAAGGACGAGGGAAGUUUGGCUAGUAUUAAUAGUGCGGGUGCGUGCGCUAUGGAUAUACCAAAAGUGAGUGUUGUACGUCCUUUAUCGACGAUUCACACGCAUGAACCUUCGAGUGAAAUGCUGGAGAUGAUUUCGGAAGCCGAUUGUCCUGGAAGAAAAACUUUAAUGGUUGCUCCAGGUACAAGUACGACUGAAGGUUUAAAAUUAAACGAUUUAAAUGAUGGUUUAAAACCAACGCAUAGAAAUAGCCAGAUUAUGUUGUAUAAGGCUCAAAAUCCGGAUGUACGGAAGAACACCGCCGCUUUCGAUGAUUCUUCAGGACAUAAGGACUUUAGUAAAAGUAUUAUAAACAUAAAUAAACAACGGACUUCGCAACAGAACACUAGUGCAAGUGUUGAUGUGCUUACAGUUCAUGUUUAAUAUAAAAUAAUGGGGCCAGUGUAAUAUAUUGUAGAUUUUUUUUUGUGUUUUUUUUAUUUUGAUAUUAUUUUUUUUUGAAAGAGAACAUUCAAUUAACAACUCGCUUCUUCUAACUUAUUUACAGAUUUUUAUAAUUAUACAUAUGACUUAAUUUAGUAAAGACAUAAAAAGUGGUUGAGGUGUUAAUGAAGGUUCUUUUUCCUGCACUAUAAAAAUAAAUAAAAUAAAAAAUUAUGAUAGAUAGCUAAGCUAUGAUCUGUAUGAUCUCGUGAUGAUAAACUUUUCAAAGUGACACAAACAAACACUUGUUUGUUCUUAGUGUGAUAUUAUUUAAUAUUUUAAUUCUUUUUGUUUUUUUUUUUAAUUAAUUUUUUUAAGAAGAACAGGUUUUG